AGUCUAGAAAAUGAAGGAAGCUGCAUCUCCGUUUCUUUGCAUUUUCAAGAAAUUGGUCCAGGCAAUGAAGCAGAACUCUUCCUGACACCAAUUGCUUCAUUGACAUCAUAGGCGGAUGCUGACUCUUGGGGUUUUGCCGAGUGGGGAUACUACAGGAACGGCAGGACCACCUGGGCCUGGUUGAAUCACAGGGGUCAGUUUGCGUUUCAUUGGGUGAUGGGCUCAGGUUUUCUUCCGGGCACUCGAUGGGGACCAGCCCAGGCUAAACAUUCUGGAAACAAUCAAGUUAAUCUCAGAAGAGGCUGUUGGCCUGAAUUCCUGACCUAUCAGAGAGGGCGCAAAUGCACAGUCCAUAAUGCCUGAAGUCCGAGACCUUUCAGAUGCCUUGCCAGACGUGCCAAUGGAUCCUAUCACAGGCGUUGGGGUGGUUGCAUCUCGGAACCGGGCACCUACAGGUUACGACGUAGUUGCACAAACAGCAGAUGGCUUGGAUGCUGACCUCUGGAAAGAUGGCUUAUUUAAAUCCAAGGUCACAAGAUACCUGUGCUUCACAAGAUCGUUUUCAAAAGAAAAUAGCCAUUUAGGCAACGUCCUGGUCGACAUGAAACUAAUUGAUAUCAAGGACACGCUUCCUGUGGGCUUCAUCCCCAUCCAGGAGACAGUCGAUACACAAGAAAUAGCUUUCAGAAAGAAGAGGCUCUGCAUCAAAUUCAUCCCUCGAGAUUCUACGGAGGCUGCUAUUUGUGAUAUUCGAAUCCUGGGCAGAUCUAAGCAGGCCCCUCCACAGUACACAUUCAUAGGGGAACUUAACAAUAUGGGUAUUUGGUACCGAAUGGGUAGGGUUCCACGAAACCAUGACUCCUCGCAACCCGGGACACCUUCUUCCCAAGUACCAGCUUCAACACCAGCUCCUAACCUUCCAAGGCACAUAUCUCUGACGCUUCCCGCGAGCUUUCGAGGCAAAAGUAACAACUCCCGACUCGACUUUGAACACCAGCACUCAAAUUUAUAUGCCAUAUCAGCCAUGGAUGGAGUGCCUUUUAUGAUCUCAGAUAAGUUUGCCUGCGCUCCUGAAGGGAUGCAGCAAGUUGAUCUCUUGGGCAUCACAAUCAAAUCCCUGGCAGAAAUCGAAAAGGAGUAUGACUACAGCUUCAGGACAGAGCAAAGUGCGGCUGCUCGGCUGCCCCCCAGCCCCACUAGAUGUCAGCAGAUGCCACAGUCCUGAGGAGCGAGGGAAGGCCGGCUCCCUGGAGACGCGGCACGUGCGCACAGAUACUACUGAUGGCCCUGAUGAGCAGUGUUACUGGAACCCUUCUCAGCAGAGGGACACUUCUCUAAUGACUUGCCUUCCUUCCUGUGCGUUCCCUGAUCAUUUUGUACAUGUUGUUUCUGAGAUUUGGACUGUGUUAACCCUUUCUGCCAGGCGCCCUCACCCCUUAGCCCUGCUGUGGCAAUUCCUGAUCAGGAGUUCCUUAGUCAGAGCUUGACACACAGCUUCUUCAGUUCUUCCUGCUUUGUAGCACCUGCUGCAGCAUGCUCACUGCAAUACAGAUCUGGAGUGAAAUGCUGCAAGCCUUGAGCCCCAGCUUGUGGGGAUCUGGAGAGAUUCCCAGCAAUGAGCCUUGCUAGGAUAGAGUGCUUUGGGAAAAGAGGCUAAAAAUACAGCCACUUAGUCCACAACUCACAGAAUGCACCAGCUUCGACUGGGAACUAAGGCGCAGCAAGAUAAACUGCCCCAGUUGCCCCUCUCAGUACAGCAGGGUUCUCUAGUUUGUGCAGGGUCAGCGUUCCGGAGCCCUUUCAAGUCCUUAGAUUAGCAAGCUAACCCUGAGUAAUGGUAAACCCUUCAUCUGCCUCUCCAAGUCAAGACUGCCCAACAGCUCACUCGUGGCCAGGAUACACCUGAGACCUUAAUGGUUUUUGUUACUUUCAGCUCACGUAGCCAGGGUCGCUCGCUCAGUUCCACUUAGGGCUCUCUCCCAAGUCGCUGGCAAAGUGGAGUAGCUCGAAGAGCACAGGGAUCUCAGUGGCACCUCUCCCUGGCACAAAGGCUGCUUGUCCAUUGCCUGAAAGUAGAGGAUUGUGGCAAAUGUUGCGUAGCUCUCUCUGGCUAUGGAGAGCAAGCCAGCCAGACCUCUGCAAUGCCAUCCUGACUUCUCCCAGCCACCCAAAAGCUUUGCCACGGCACCUACCCAUAAAGUGCGCAUUGGAACCUGCCAGUUACUUUGGCAGUUUUCAAACAUUUGCCCCUGCUGGCUGCUAAAAGGAAAGAGAUUUGUGCACUCCGUCCCUGCAUACUGCUGCACUCGGGGAGGGAAAUGCUAAAGCCUGAUCUUGUGGGACAAGGCUAAGAUAGUUCCACUGGGCAAGUGUCUGAUGCAUUAAACCCUGACCUCAGCAUGCUCACAGGUGGUGUCCCUGACUCACUCCUGAGUCAAAUGCAUGUCUUGGUGAAGUCUGUUGCUGUGAUAAGUUCUUUAGAAGCAUUCAUCUGAGCUCUGUGCUGCUUUUCAAGUCUGCUGUGGAACAAAACUACGUUACAGCAGCGAAAUGGCAUUUUUUAAAAGUAAGUGUUAAAGUGUGCAACUUUUUGUAUUGUAAAAGACAGGUUGUCUAACCCUAUUAAAAUGCAAUUGCCAUAGUAACAAAUACUGGUAUGGUAGCUCUGGGUUUGGGUUAUUCAGACCUGCUUUGCACUGCUUUUGACUUUCCUGAGUUCUCUAGUCUAACAGAAUGUUGACUAAUAGUAGGUUUUGUACUGUUGGUUUGUGUAUUUCGUAUUUGUAUAUAUGUAAAAUAUUUCUUGUCCAAUGAUCCAUUUCUGGUUUCAAAGCACUGUACCAUGUUUCUGGGGGGAAAUAAGUGCAAAACACCAUAGCAUUCUGGGUAGAACCCAAUUCAGGUUCUCUGCUUUGACUCUCCAGACCAGUCUCUUUUUUACUGACCGCCUCUUAGAAACCAGCUCUGUUGUUGGAAGAAUGGGCAUAUAUGGUUAUAAAAGGGUCAGGUCUGAGCACAAGAUUUAAGACCUGUAAUAUUUGGCAUCAGCUGUGUAGGCCUGGGUGACUCCCACAAGGUGCUCCUUUCCUUUAGGGUUCCAAAGUGGCUUUUAGUUCUUAUUUUCUGCUGCAGGAAAGCAAAGCCAGCCUUUACUGCCAAGCUUCACAGAGGCUAGAUUGAUGGUGCUGACAUCAACCAAUGAACAUAUCACGGAAGCUAGCGCAGUCAGCCUGGUCAUUCUGCUCAGGUUCACUUGAAGUUCAAACUCACUCCACACUGCAGUCGUUUGUCCAUCUCAUCCAUCUCGUGUGUUUCCAACCUUUCAGCUGUCUGUAACUUGUCCUGUAGUUCAUUGUAGAUCAAUUUGUAGCUCCCUCCUUGGCUGAGGGCAGCUUUGUGGACGUAUCAGGGAGUAGGCAUGUUAGUCUGUAUCCACAAAAACAACAAGGAGUCCGGUGGCACUUUAAAGACUAACAGAUUUAUUUGGGCAUAAGCUUUUGUGGGUAAAAACCUCACUUCUUCAAAUGCAUCUGAGGAAGUGAGGGUUUUUACCCUCAAAAGUUUAUGCCCAAAUAAAUCUGUUAGUCUUUAAGGUGCCACCGGACUCCUUGUUGUUUUUGUGGACAUAGUAACAGGUAGGUCAAGGUUUUCCGCAACGUUGGUCCUAGCAUAAGGAUGAUAGUUAGUGUCACAGAGCUGCCCCUCCCUAUGCGCUGAAGUUGGAGAAUUAGGAGCUUCAGAUUUAACAGCAGGAUAGCUAGUGUGGUCCGGAGUUCUGCCAUGUCGGUCUGCCAGAUGAAAGUGGAGCGUCUCCUGUGGGAGCUGUCUUCCCAAUGGACAGUUUCUCCUCAUUCCAGGGGAGGCCAGACCCAGCUGCUCCAUUGUAGACACAUUUCAGUGGGCAGCAGAGGCUGCUAAGAACAGGCCAAUGGCCCGUUGGUUGGACAAAGCUUGGGUACUCCUGCUCUAAAUCAGAGCUAAGCCAAUAUCUGUGACUAUCAAACGCCGAUCGAUAUUUGGGGCCACAGAGCAUUUUCUUGGCACCCUUAGGAAUUUCUGUCAGAGGCUGCAGCAUUUGGUUCAGCAGACUGAGCUGUGGAAACCACCCAGCUUUGGUGAAGCUGAAAUGUUGGGACUGCUUUUUAAAACCGAUCUGGAGCUUUGCCAUCCUGUUUGUGGGAGUAGGUUACAGUGCAUCAGUAGCUCUUCGCUCUCAGAAACUUGAGUCAAUGCUAUAAGCUGCUUAGCAACAGUGACAGUGCAUUUGUCCUUGGCACCUUCUGAGAGACGAUACACACACGACACAUGCCGAACUCUGGAUCGCUCCAGGUGUUGACAGAGUAUCUAACUGGGACAAGGAUUUGUUCAAUGGAGGCUUCCUCCUCCCCUCCCUCUCCCAGCCCUUGCAGAGCUGUUUCAAAGCUGUUUCUCUGCAAAGAAAGGCUGAAAAUGAAAAUUUGACCUUUACAUUUGUGCUUGUGCAGUUUGCCAGUGACAUGUCCCAGAUUUUCUGUGCCAUAAGCUUGGCCUGCACAAGAAUGUAGGGCAAAUGGGUGUGUUGGGUCAGGAUCCAUGGAGGGUUGGUCAGAACUUCUCGUGCACUCUCAGACCUGCUUGGAUGGCUGUGAGUAUUUCCUUAGACAAGAGGGCUGAGAGUGCAAUGCAGGAAGCAGUUUAAGCAGAUUGACAAUAGUGCAAGUGAUUUCCUUUGGAACUCAUUAGCUAUGGGGUGCUCUCCCCGCCCCCUCCAUCCCUCCGUCUUUGCAGGCAUCACAUCAGUAUUUCAAUAGGCAGGUUUUAAUUACUGAACAGUAAUUUUCUUCUUCAAAAUAACUCCAUGCCGGGCUGGCCCUGUUUCCUAGUGGUUACUGCUCUCCACUGGCAAGUGGAUUUCCCAUUACGUGUCUUGCUCCCCACACAAGGUGUGAGUUCUCCAGCAUUGGCCCGUGCAGUCCCAGAGGAGGGAGUGUGUUCGCUGCUCUGCACUAGCCCUGAGAUUGAGAUAGGAGUGGCUGCAGAGAGGUCAUGACCAGGCCUCCUUGACAGAAGGUGUGGGGGUGGGUGGAUGUAAAACAGAAGGGCUGAUUCCUCCUACCUGUAAUGAGUGUGUCUUGGUCAGCCCACGUCUAUCCCCAGAGCAAGGUAAGGAGUGUGCAGCUUCCACUUGGAAGAAGAAGAAAUUACUUUGCCAAAUAAUCAUGAAAUCUCCUGACACUGCUGAGGAGACAGUGCUGGGGAAGUGGGGCCUUGCUUACAGUCAGAUGAAUUAUUAACAGUGAUGGACUGCCCUGGGAUUUCCCAUGGUGAUGCUCCCCUAGCAAAGGGCAGAACUGCAGCAAUGUAUAUGGAUAGCUCCUGGGCCAGCCAGGGAACUAGAUUGUGAAAUCCCAUGUAGUAGUAAUAGAGAGGGAUGGAUUUAUUCUCAGAGUGAUGUAACCUGUGAACAUUGUGAUAAAUGCCAGUGUGGUUAAUUAGCUGAUACAUUCCCUCAUCACACAGCCAUAUUCAUGUGGGAUGAGACUGCUCCUAACCCUCCUUCCAUUGCUGCGUCCCUUGCCAGGAGUUCGCUCUGAGCAGGUGCUUUGUAGGGACAGUCCGUUGUGACCCCACUGUACUAGUUAGAGAUCAGUAUUCUGUGGUGCUGAGUUUAUUUGGGUUUUUCAGCAGUCGUCUAAUUUCUCAAAACUAAAACGAUCAAAGACAGAAGAGGCUGAGCUGGUCUCAGUUGACUCGGGCACAGCACUUCACAGUUUGUAGGCUUGUUGGCAGCGCCUCAGAGAUCCCAUGACCCGCCCCCACCCCUGUAUCUCCAAAGGGGUGUUUAGCCUGAGAGAGGUGGGAUUGGGUGUGGCUGGCAAAAGCCAUUUCUCAGCCACUCUCCCCCAAGCAACCUUUGUCUUCCUCUGCCCUUCCUCCCCUCUGGCCCAUGCUUCCCUCACCUUUCCUUUCUUCUCAGGCCUCACCUGGCUGCAACUUCACACUUCACUUUUUGCGAAUUAAAUUUCCAUACAAAUUGCUUAAGGAACUGGAUGUUCUGCUGAUCCCAUGCUGUGACCUGGUUUGUCCAUCCCAGAUAUCUGCUCGCCUCAGUGCUGGGGCAUGCAUCUCACCAGCAGUCAGCAGCAAGGUCCUGACUGGCGAACUCAGCUCGGGCCAGGGGCAGCCAUCUUGCUGGAAAGUGACAUAAUGGAUGGGAGCUAGGGAUAGAGAUGGUGUAGAGCUGAGCUCCAAGCUGCUCUACUGGGGGGUUAAGCCACCUGAAGAACAACACUGAGGUUUGGUAUUUAAAAUGUUUUUUUAAUAACUUCAAAGCCAUUGUUGACUCUAAUAGAAUUGGAUUUGUGGCCCCUUACCGUGAGCUCCCAAGAGCUGAGCGCAAACAGCUCUGUAAGAUGGCUGCCUCCUGCACUAGGCUUUACCCCUUUGAAAAAAAAAUGUGCAACUGCCUUGGAGUGAGAGGAGCUUUGCUUGUGGAUUCUCACCCCAUGGAGCUGAGCAGAAUAACUCCAGCUUUCCACAGGAGGAGACAGGCCUUGUUCCCGACACUGACUCCUCCAGGAUUUAUGGUCUCUGUUGAGUUUCACAUCAUGCAUAUAGGGAAGAAUCAACCCUGUGCUGAGGGCCAGCAGUAGGCCUACAUGUCCUCCAAAUAGCUUAAGUGGGACAUAAGUGGUGCCUAAGUCUUCUCUGGAUCCUCUGCAUAGGGCUGAAUUCCGCCCAUCGCAGAGGGUAUGUCCAUAUCAUUGUGUUAACUAUUACCUCAGCCUUUGAGCCUUGAAGAACCACUUUAAGGUAAAGCUCUCUCUGUGGCAAUGAAGAGAGAGGAUAAUAGGACACACUUCAACACUGGUAAUUCUGAGCCAUAAAAGUCAGACACAGUUGUCAAUAGGGGAAGUGUGGUGCUUCUCAAUUUCAUCUGUUCAUUUGGUACAGGGAAACCAAACUGGAUGAAUCUUUCUGGGUUGUUUGUUGUGAAACGAAUUCCUAACAGCAACAAUUGUAACUGUUGUGUCAUAGAAAUGGAAAAGAAAAACCUUUUAUGCAGUUGUGAAAUGUUUUUAAGAUGCUGCAUUUUUGUUGGGCUAUUGGAAGUGAAUUUAUUGUGCAUUAACCUGAUGUAUGUUCUGACUUUUUAUAUUUAUUUUAGAUCACUCUCCUGUAUUUUACAAAGGGAAGUUUCAUUGUGUGAUAACGUCGUCUGUAUUCUUAAUAUAAUUUGCUAAAUAAAAGUUUGUUUUAACUGGU